AGUGAGGGAACAGAGAAAAGAGGAGACUGACCUUUUACCCAAACCUUCUCUACCUGUGAAUGACUUCGUGAGGAACGCCAGCAAAGCUCUGCGUUUUUCUCUCGGAUUACAAAAGCAGGAUUUCUCUUUCUAACUCAAGAUAUAUCAUGAAGCUCCUCCUAUUGACUGUGGCGGUGCUGCUCCUGGUGGUGGGAGAGGGCACUGCAGAGAGAAUCCUGUCGAGAAGGACCAAGAGGGAGCUUGCCAGUCCUCUCCAUGUCGGAGGCAUCAGGGACCCGUUUGGCUCCUACUGCCAGAGGAGAGGAGGUUGCUGCCCCGGCAGAGACGACCUGUGCACGGUUCCCUACCUGGACACCAUCUGCUACUGCGACCUGUUCUGCAACCGUACCGUCUCCGACUGCUGCCCCGACUUCUGGGGUCACUGUCUAGGCAUAGAGCCACCUUUCAUUGGCACCUGUGAAAGAAAUGGAAACAAGUUCUUUACAGGGCAAACAUACAAAGAGAACUGCAAUUUAUGCACAUGUGGGACCACAGGACGCUGGGAGUGCGAGCAGAACGCCUGUCUGAUGGAUUCUGACAUGAUCCAUGCCAUCAACAGAGGAAACUAUGGGUGGAAGGCAGCUAACUACAGUCAGCUCUACGGCAUGACUCUAGACGAGGGCGUCCGAUACCGCCUGGGCACGCAGAGACCCUCCAGGACCAUCAUGAACAUGAAUGAGAUCCAGAUGAACAUGGAUCCUCAGACCGACCGCCUGCCUCUCUACUUCAACUCAGCAGAGAAGUGGCCCGGAAAGAUUCAUGAACCGCUGGACCAGGGCAACUGUGCUGCAUCCUGGGCUUUCUCAACUGCAGCUGUGGCAUCAGACAGAAUCUCCAUCCAGUCAAUGGGUCACAUGACUCCUCAGCUGUCCCCCCAGAAUCUUAUCUCCUGUGACACUCGCAACCAGGGGGGCUGUGCUGGGGGACGCAUCGACGGAGCCUGGUGGUACCUCCGGCGUAGAGGAGUGGUGACAGAAGACUGUUAUCCAUACCGCCCCCCACAGCAAACGCCAGCGGAGGUGGGCCGCUGCAUGAUGCAGAGCCGCUCGAUCGGCAGGGGGAAGAGGCAGGCCACGCAGCGCUGCCCCAACACACACAACUACCAGAACGACAUCUACCAGUCCACACCGCCCUACAGGCUCUCAUCCAACGAAAAGGAGAUCAUGAAGGAGAUUAUGGAUAAUGGCCCCGUGCAAGCUAUUAUGGAGGUGCACGAGGACUUCUUUGUCUAUAAGAAUGGGAUCUACAAACACACUGACGUCAGCUUCACCAAACCUCCACAAUACCGCAAACACGGCACACACUCCGUCAGGAUCACUGGGUGGGGCGAGGAGAGAAACUUUGAUGGGACAUCAAAAAAAUAUUGGAUCGCUGCCAACUCCUGGGGAAAGAACUGGGGAGAGAACGGCUACUUCCGCAUUGCUCGCGGGGGCAACGAGUGCGAGAUUGAAACCUUUGUGAUUGGCGUCUGGGGCAGGAUCACGAUGGAGGACAUGCACAACCAUCACCACCACCACCAUCGCCGACAUGUUUAGAGACACAACAGAUGUUAAAACCCCACCGAGGCCUUUGUUUUUUAUCCCAACUAUAGCUGGUUUUUGCCCCAGAGGAGAACCACACCAAGAGUCUCAGAACUUCAGCACAUCCCCUUACCCAUCAAGCUGGCUGGGACAGCCGCAAAUCAACCCCAGAGCCCCUGAACCCUCUCUUUUUUAUACCUUACUUUACUCUGGGGAUCAAUACAACCCCUCUUCUCCUCCAUCGUUAACUGUUUAAGAGAACAACCCUCCCCACGCUCCCUGUAUCACAACUUUUAUGGCACCAAAACACAAAGAACAACUCAACCAAGCUAAAGCUCCUCUACGAUGCCUUGCAAUUAGGCUCCUCAGGUACCUACUGAUCCAAAGACCACACUUCCCAGAAUCCUCAGCGUAAUAUCCGGUGACACGUGUUCAUGUCAAAGUUGGGUGAUGACAGAAGGAGAAGCUCAAUCCCAUUUUUUUUAUCCUUCUUUGUGCUUCUUUGUCAACCUGAACCUUUUCUAGCUCUAAAUCGAUAAUCCAGACGGGCUGGAAAAGAGGAAAUCUGAGAGGCAGACUAUCAGACAUCCAACCCUUUCAGAGAGACGCACCCAGCCGAACCGUGUAACAUGACGAUAUAUCACAGAUGACCUUUCUGACGCUUACCUGUUGACUAUACAGAGGCGCGGUUCGGCUCGUUCCCUCAGUUUUAGAGAGGACACUUGUAUAGAGUUAGCAGCUGCAGGCGGUAGAGUUUCUCACACAUUCCAGGAAAAACAUAGAAUCUGACACUGGAAGCAGCAUGAGGUUUGAUGUGGAGUAUAACUUUACAAAAGUUUCAUUUUUAGGACGUUUUACAGUGCCACCAACCGUAACCAGCAAUCAAAAUGACUCCCAAUGCUGUACCAUUGGACAUUUGAAAACAGUUUAAUAAUGAAACAGGCUAAAUCUUGUCCGUUCUUCUACACGUUUAUCCCGGGAAGCACAGUGUCAGUAGAUUAAACAUGUAUCAUUCUCUCUCAAUCAAUAAUUUUCAGUCACACUAGAUGAAAAAAAGACACCGUUCCCAAUGAUUGACACAUUAAUAAAAGCUCGACCCCGCCGUCUCAUUUGAAAGCAAUACAACACUGAUGCGGUAAGAGGUUGAACAGAUUGUAAUGCCUUAAAGAAACAGAGUUGGUUUGAGCACUGCGAAAGAAAGUGUUUGUGUAUAGUAGUCUUCAUUUGCUCUGUUCUGUGUACACUGUUACAAUUUGAGCUAAAGAUGUUAUUUUUUGUGUUGCAGUUAUAUUUUGAAGUUUUAUUUUACUACUCGUUUAAAGAUGUACUGUAUGUAGUAACUUUCAUAACACACUCAUCACUCAGUCGCCUUUCUGCUUGCGCUUCUACUUAGUUUAUUUGACCACAGCGAGGAGGAUGAGGGGGGUAAUACUGCUGCUAAAGUCCAGUCUGUGCUACAGUAUUUGACUGCAGAGCCUUUAGUUGGAUACAUUUCAUGUGUAAUAAACAUGCAAAGCCACGCCUAGCGAACGCCAAAACACCGGAUAUGUUCUCAUAUUGUAUUUCUUGUUUUCGUGGUUUUCUGCUGGAAAGCUUAACAUGUGUCAACUUAUCAGCCAUGUGCCUAUCUUUGCUGCAGUACCACAGUGCUUUAUGUCUUCAUUUCACCUGGUUGCGGGCUGAUUGAGGGAUUUUCAGAUCUUUUAGGAGCACGGCCUCACUUGAAAAGGAAAGCACGGUGCAUUCUUGCCACUUACCUUAAAUUACAUCCUGUUGUGCUUCAGCUGUGACUUCAAAAGGCUUUUCUAUUUCUAUAUCAUCAUGUCUUGUGAUCUUUAGGGUCCCCGUAUCAUCUCCUUCAGGCUUGGAUAGGCAGAUAGACAUAAAAGCAGACAGCAAUGUCUGGAUGGACAGGCAAUGUGCAAUGUGGUGGAGGGGAUGUAGAUAGAUAAGCAAUUACAACAUGUUUCUCAUGCAGUGUACUCAAUCUUUGCUUUCAUUCUAAAGUGAGCGAGGGCGGGGGGUGAUGAAGAGCAGCCCGACAACAUGAGAUACACAACAGGUUUACAAUAAAUGACACCAAUGACAAUGUGAAACAGCUCUUUGGUCUGAAGAGUGAUUAAUCUUCUGUUGGCUGAAAGAAGGAGAUUCUUCUCAUACAGUAUAUUUUCCUCUGUGGGCAUGUUGCUAUAGCUCCUUUACAAGAGAGAAAAAGAUCAAUGGACAAAACUUCAGCUGCGAGUUUGGUUUGUGUUACUGUGCUGCAGCCUUCGCUCAAAGUGCACAGAUUUGGUCUUGCUUGUUUCAUUACAAUUUACGCAUAUUUUCCCCAGUGGAGUUGGGAAGCCUUAAUAUUAAUUAAUGCAUAUUUCAGAACCUCCCACCUCAAGAGCAGCAUCAGUGUGAGAUGCAUGAGUUCUGUGUGUGUGUUACAAACAGGUUACAGACUGGUGAAAAAAGCAAACAAGUCAUUUGAAUAUUGAAAUCUGACCAAAGAUGGAACCAUUUCGUUUCCGCAGAGCAGAGACAUCUUGUUGUCAAUGCCCAUUUCUUUUGCUUGCAGUAUGUUGGAUAAAUGUUCAUUCAGGCUCAUUGUUAGCCUGGACCUAAAUGAUGCACAUGACACCGCACACAUGGAAAAGCUCUUAUGCUGUAGCAUUUCCAAGGAAAUGUUCGCAAACAACACAUGCCGCCUUAAUUCUGAGUAUUUUUAGAUAAAGGUUCAGAUGGGACCAAAAAUAAUAAUUGCCAAUUAUUCUCUGCAAAACCUGAAGCUAUUCCAUAGAGAUUGAUCUUAACUUAAUUACACGACCUCUCCUCCAAACUCCCCCCAGGAGCUGCAGCAGACAUCCACUCAGAAGUUGUGUAUUUUAUGUAAAAUGAACCACUCCAUAUUCACUGAUGUGUAGAUCUUAUUUAUGACAAGAUGUGUAAAUUAUAUACUUUUAUUCUUUGUUUUUUCCUGUGCAAUGUUUUAUUAUCUCUCUGUCUCUUGUAUUGUGUGCACUAAAUUGCAAUACCACAUUCGUGUUCACAUGUGCGGCACAAUAAAGUCUUUCCA